ACCGCGCGGUAUUUAAGGUAUGGCGCGGGCGGGAGGGUGCUUGUAGGUGUUUCAGACACAUUAUUUUUCUUCCUGGAGCGGUUGCCAGUUAUCAUUGUAAGCAGUCUUUCCUGCUCUCCGCUAAAUACCGCUACUUCCCCCUCAUCUCCGCAUCUGGCCGAGGUGAACGUCUGAAGAUGAUCUCGAUCAACAAACAGAGGCCAGGCGACGCGGCUUCGGAGAUCACAAAGAAAGCUCUUUCAGGAACUACCCAAGGUGCUGCUUCAGUCAGGAGAACACUGCAAGUCCUCCAGCCAUCUGUGAUAAAUGAGAACCACGGAAGAGGGCGAGAGCCAGGAAAGGCCCCCCCAAAGAGGAAGCUGUGGGGAGCCAAGCAGGUAAAGGGCUCAAAGAGGGUCAAAGCUGAAGUGGCGGUGAAAGACCAAAAUGCUGAAAAUGAUGCUGUGGCUGAGGGGACGGCGAAGGGCAGCUAUGAGCUGAUGGUCAAAGAGACCCCUCCGUCUACCUACUGGAAGGAGGUUGCUGAGGAGAGGCGUAAAGCUCUGUCCAACGUCCUUCUGGAGAAUGAAAGGUUGCAUAAAGACAUAGAAGCCAAGGAAGUACAGAUCUCCAAGCUGAGGAGUGAGAAUGAGGAGCUGCAGGAGCUGGUUCAGCAUGUCCAGCACAUGGCCGACAUGAUCGAGAGGUUAACUGGAAAGAGCCCACAGAGCCUGGAUGAUCUACAAGAGCUUGCUUUUGAUGGAGAGGAUGAGGAUGCUGCAGAGAGUGAAGAUGAUGAUGAUGCAGAGAGUGAUGAUGAUGCUGCUGCAAAUAGUGAAGCUGAAGAUGAGUCAAGUGUCUGUAGUGAGGAAGACCCAGAAGAAAAGUGAUUAUGCUUGUCUGUGGAACUGAAGACCCGUAAAGAGGCCAUUUUUACUGUCUGUGGACCUGCUGUUGUGUGAAAUGUAACUUAUGACUUUUUUGCAAGUGGGUGUAAUUAAGGCCCCCCCCCCCUUUUUUUUUUUUAAGUCGCUUGACACUAGCCUUGAUUUGCCAAUUGCUUUGUUUACUGACCAGUGCUGCCAUGCUACUUUGCCAUGGAUGUUGAUGCACAUUCUGUAUAUACUGUAAAUGUGACUUAAACUGUAAAAUAAAAGUACUUUUUACACAGCCA